AGCAACCUCCCUUCCCCUUCCCCUCUGCCCUGCCACGCCUUUCUUCCCCAAAUCAACCGCGCCCCUCCAGACCAGAGCCUCCCCCUCCGAUCAGCCGCCGCCGGCCGAUGCCCCAGCGCCGCCGGGGCUGACGCAGGCGGUAGCGCCCAACCCCCCGCGCUAAAACCCUAGCCGCCCCCAACCCAGCCCCCAUGACCAGCCCCCACCUAGGUCUCGGCCUCGCGCCGCCGCCGCCGCCAUCCGCCGACCCGUCCGCCGCGCCGCCACCCCGCCGCGCCCCGCGGCUGGCCAAGCGCCGCCACGCGGCCCCCACCUCCCGCUCCCGCGCGCAACCGUCCACCUCGACCUCGGCCACGUCGUGGAACCCAUUCGGCGGCGGCGGCGGUACGGAUGCAUCGGGGCAGCACGGAACUGCCACCGGGCCAGCGAGUGCGGACGGCGGCGGCGGUUCCGGGUUCGGGCAGAAUGAGGGCUUCGUGUUUGGGUCCGCUCCGACAGCGAGGCAGCAGCCUCCGCAGCCGCCGACGCCGGGGUCGUCAUCCAGCGAAGCCCCCUUCGUGUUCGGGAGCGUGAGGGACAGCCUGCCCCGGUUCGACGAAGGCCCGUCAGCUGCUUCGAAGCUGGACGACAUGAUGGGGAAGAUGAACCUGCAGAGUCCACAAGGUAAAUGCAGCGUUGAUGCUGGUAAAGAUAAGAGCUCAGUUUCUGGCGUCGCUAUACCACCUAGUUUGGCUUCCGACAGCGAAGCGAAUGUGCUCCCGGAAAAGCUGACGCGGUUGAAUUUAGGUACCGGGGCGCCAUUACAGGAUGAGCCUGCUAGCAGUGUGCCGAAAACGUUUGUGUUUGGGAGUAGCGGAGCUGGGGAUUUUCCUGACAGCACGCUCACUGCUUCCUCCCGUGCAGAUUCUAGUUCAGUCCAGGUUACUGCGGCAAAUGGUGCGCCUGGAAGUGGCCGUGCAGAUGGCAGCAAGGAUGUUGCCCCUGGUGGUGUUAAUAUCAAUGCAUCUACUGCGGAUUGCGGUACCGAUGAUGCAAGCGUGCUUCCGGAGAAGAUAACACAGCUGAAUAUAGGAGGUGGCACGUUCCAGUACAUGAAAGAGGGUAGUGGUACUCAUCAAACUCCCCAAGUGUUUGGCUCUGGGGCUGGCGGAACUACAUACACUCCUUUUGGCAACGUUUCAAGCAAGGGUUCCGGGGGUGGAGUUACGCAGAGUGUGAGAAGCGAUAAUGCAAAUUGCCCUCCAGAGGCAUUUGUAUUUGGAACAAAUGGGAGCACAAACUCUGCUUCGGAACAUCCAGCUCAUGGUAAAUUGGAAAGCACACUUGCAGAGAAGAUGACAAAUUUAAAUAUACAACGUAGCAUCCCACCUCAGGGCAUGAAAGAUGAAGCUGCUCGGAAACCAGAACCGUUUGUUUUUGGAAGUAGUGCAACUUCAAAUUAUUCUGUGAACACCACAUCUUUCACAAGUUCUCAAACUAAUGUAUCCUCAGAAGGCAGUAGAAAUGACUUGGGCAGUGAUGAUACUAGAUAUUCAACAUAUUCCAAAUCAAACAUUGAUAAAGGCUAUGUGACAAAUAACUUUGUUAUCGGUAGCGGUAGCAGUGCACCUGCUCGAUCUGAAGGGGCUGCAGGAAAACAUGCACUGCAAGAUGGAAUCAAGAAAUUGAACAUCAACAGGGAAGGACCAUCAGUUGGACGUGUUGAAGUGAAUGAUGCUUCCACUUUUGAAUUUUCAUUUGAGAGCAAAGCAGAAGCUACUCCAGGACAUGGUACCGUUCCUCAGCCAAAAUUUCAUGGGUCAUGCCCGUUUACUCCUUUGAAUCAUUCAUCUAGUUUCUCUACAUCUGCAAGUGAGAUGCCAUCUUUCAUUUCCAACCUUAUGAAUGCAGGAACAAGAACUGCUACCGGUGAAUCUAAUGCAGUCAAACAUGAUCCGGCUAGUUGCACCAGAGAGAGCUUAUUUGGUAUUGACUAUAUAAAAUCAGCUUAUAGAGACAAAAAGGAAGCUCAUAAGAGCUCAAGAAAGAAAAGACCAAGUAGGCUAAAACAACAUGCUCAACUCCAUCAAGUUCCGCAAGAAGCAUGCACCGACAGACAAACCUCAGAUUUAACAGGUGACUAUUCACCAAUGGAUUGUUCUCCUUAUCAGCCAACAGUUGAACAAGUGUCAAGAGAGUCAUCUGUGAGUUGUGAUCCGUCCAUUCACAUACUUGAUAGUAGCGUCUCAAAUCAGCAGACCAGUUGUGCUGAAGAUGAUCUAGUAUCUGCUACUGAGCAUCUUGUUAUCGGGGCAGAGCUUCCAACAUGUCAAGAUGAAGGCAGAGAUCCCACUGUGGAUGCAUCUGAGAGUAAUUUUGGUAGCAACUUCUCUAGUUUCGAUGGAGAAAUAAAUUUCUGUGAUGUAUCACAGCCCCUUUUCACUAAUAUGAGCGUUGACCCUACUGGUGAACCUAAAAUGUACACAACUGAAGCUUGGGUCGAUGGUUUUGAAUGUAAUAUAAGUGGGCAAACUUGCGAAGAGAACAGCUCCAGAAUACAACAUGAGUCUUGUGAACCUGUUAAUACUCAAUCAAGCUCAGCAGAUUUGAGUGGGCUCAACUUCACCUUUGGUGCAUCACUGUAUCCCGGAAGUUCUUCUUCGGCGCAAAAACGUACUUCAAAAAGAAAGUUAAGGACUAAGGGCAGUCAGGUGCUUAAGUCUUCAUCCACCCAAGCUUCUGUACAGCCCAAAAGCCCACAAGACACAAAGAUGCAGUUUUCCCCAGAAACAAGUGAGACAAAAAAUUCAGUUAAAGAGCAGUUUAGCAGAGAUGCAUCAAUUUUGUCAGGUUUGGAGACUUGUGAGACCUGGCGUACAAGUGGGAAUCAAGCCUAUGCAAAUGGUCACUUUGCCACUGCAGAGGGCUGUUAUACCCGUGGAAUAAAUUCUAUUUCCCAGUAUGGAACUUCUGGACGCUGUUCCCGUGCAUUGGCGAUGUGCUAUAGCAACCGUGCAGCCACUAGAAUGUCUCUGGGGAGAAUGAGCGAAGCUCUUCAGGAUUGCUCGAUUGCGACAUCAAUUGAUCCCACCUUUCUUAAGGCUAAAGUUCGUGCUGCAAAUUGCCAGCUAGCACUUGGAGAUCUUGAAGGCGCAUCAAGCAAUUACACAGCCUGUUUGAAAUCUAGUAACACUGCUGAUUUUGACAUCAAAAUGUCUGCUGAGGCUUCUAAUGGCCUGGAAAGAGUCAAGAGGGUGACAGAUUGGGUAUCCCAGUCCAGGGAACUUCUCAAGAAAAGAACAUUGCCUGAAGCAAAAACAGCUUUUGAAUUUAUCUCCAGUGCAUUGGAAAUAAGUUCACAUUCAGAUAUCCUAAUGGAGAUGAAAGCAGAGGCACUGCUGACGCUACGAAGAUAUGAAGAAGUAAUCGAGCUAUGUCAAACUGUAGAUUUGGCUGAAAGAAGUGCUGUUUUAAUUAAUUCCAAUGGAGAACCAAAUAGUUCAAAUGUAUCUGGAAAGGCAGAAUGCUCUGUAACACUUUGGCGGCCAUACCUCAUUUGCAAGUCUUACUUCCUUCUAGGCAAGCUUGAUGAGGCUCUUGACUUGCUAAAGAAGCAUGAGCUAGUGACACCUGAAGAGAGUGAUGGGAGCGCAUCUCGGAAAUGUUUCUCAUCAUUGUCUACAAGUAUAAGGCAACUUCUUUCCUUCAAGGCUGCGGGGAAUGAAGCAUUUCAAGCUCGCCGAUAUUCAGAAGCUGUGGAACAGUAUUCAUCGGCUCUGGCAUGCAAUAGUGAAUCACGGCCCUUUUCAGCUGUCUGUUUUUGCAACCGUGCAGCUGCAUAUCAAGCACUUGGUCAACUUACUGAUGCAAUCGCAGAUUGUUCACUAGCCAUGGUUCUUGAUGCAAAUUAUCCUAAGGCAAUUUCUAGGCGAGCCACAUUAUACGAGAUUAUAAGGGAUUAUGGGCAAUCUGCUAAUGAUUUAAGGAAGCUAAUCUCACUUCUUCAAAAGCAAGCCAAUAAGCCUGGAGCAUCACCAAAAGUUGUGAACAAGCAUAGUGACCUGAAGCAGGCGCGAGCCCGACUUCUGUCUGUGGAGGAUGAAGCAAGAAAAGAUACUCCCUUGAAUUUUUAUUUGAUCCUGGGGGUUGAACCAUCCUGCUCUCCACCGGAUAUUAAGAAGGCCUACCGAAAAGCUGCAUUGAGACAUCACCCGGACAAGGCCACUCAACUGCUGGUCAGAAAUGAGAAUACCGAUGAUGGGUUUUGGAGGGAUAUUGCCAAGGAGGUUUAUUCAGAUGCUGAUCAUCUGUUCAAAACGAUUGGAGAGGCAUAUAAUAUUCUUUCAGAUCCCGGCAAGCGUGAAGAGUAUGAUAUUGAAGAGAAUCUAAGAAAUGCUGCCAGGAGAGCUUUUAAGGGGAGGAAUACACCAAGGUCACCUGAACAGCACUAUAGGAAACAAUAUGACAGGGGUUUUAGUCCUCGUCAGUGGCAAUCUGCGGGGCAGUCAAACAAUGGUGUGCCCCGCUCACGUUGGUCCGGAUACGAAUACGCUGAUGACUACUGGUAAAUUUUUUCGGUAGAUGCUUGUGGUAUGAUCUUAGCGUGGAAUCUGCAGCAUCGGCUGCAUAUGAGCAAGGCGGACCUCCUUGCACCAAGGUGUGUGGCCUUUGUCCUCCUGGAGUUGUUAGAUGCCACUGCUAACCUGCCAUCCUCCCUCCUUGGCAUCUAGGGGAUGCAUUGCAGCUUCGCUGCCUGUCUGCUCAAUUCCGUUCUUUGGAAGAGGAUGGAAAAUUGUGGUUUGAAUGGUCUGCGUGAUGGUUUGGUGGUUGAAUUCUUGAACAGCAUGGAAUACUUGGUUGACAUUGUCAGUCUGCACCACCAUGAAAGAUUAACAUCAGAGGGAGAGUUUUGGCUUGCCCCAUAGGCAAACACAUUGCUUGUUCAUGCACAUAGGGAUACACAAAUUAUUUUUGGUGGGCUGAGAUCAAGAGUUUUGUUCUAUUUAUGAAUGCUUCAGAUAUUGUGCCUACCUGAAGGAGAAACAAUGUUGUUCUGUAGAAGUAUGGUAUUGUUCAUGUCUGUAAUUCCUAAUUAGGUGGAAUUAGGAAGACAUUUGCUGAAGGAACCAAAUUUUCCUUUGCGGGUAUUUCUUUAAAUGACAUGUAACCAAUUUUCUGCAAAGAUACAAGCGCAGAGUGAAAAUUUGACAGUGUAUGUGGGCCAACAAUGUUUGGCUAUACAUUUUAGAAUGACUAAAAUGCAUCCACUAUCACUGAAACAUGUUUGACCUA